GCUGCCACUCGCCGCAAUAAUUCAUUUAUUAUUAUUAUCAUUAUCAUAUUUAUCCCAUCAUAACCUUACAAAUAAGAGACUAAAAAAUACACUAACAAGUGUUGGAUAAAUCAAGGUGACAGUAAAAUUAAAAAUUCAAUAACAAUAUAAACAAAUAAUUGUAUCAAUUUUUUUAAUAACAAACUUAUAAUAAAAGAUGGCGGAUCGUUUGACACAAUUGCAAGAUACAAUAAAUCAGCAAGCAGAACACUUUUGUAACAGCGUAGGAAUUCUCCAGCAGUACUCGACGCCAAGUAAAUUCCCUGGUUUUGAUCGAAUAGGAACACCCCAGCCCCAUCAACCACAAGAAGACUACGCAGCUCUGUUUGCUACCCUGAUAGCAAGAUGUGCAAAGGACAUUGACACGCUGAUAGAAAGUCUACCCAGUGAGGAAUCUUCUCACGAGCUCCAGAUUGCCAGCCUCAGUCGCCUAGAGCAAGAGAAUCUGGAGGCCGGAGAGCAGUUGGAGGAAGUGGUGCGCCAAGGUGAAGCUCUAUUACAACGUAUUCAAGCUGCACUUCAGGAUAUUGCUCAAAGUCAGCUAGACAUGCAAAAUCCAAUAGCACCAGCCACGACUUCAUCAUCAUUAAAUACAAAUUUAAAUGUCACACAACAAUUUCAAGAUACUUUUAGUGUUAAUUCUGUUUCUGGUAGCAGUAACACUAAUUCACAUUCAACUCUCGCACCUGAUCAAUCAUCAGCUACAAUCAAUCAAUAAAUCAUUUAAGUUCAAUGCACUGUAAAAAAUCGGGAGUGAAUUUGGAUUUUAUUUUAUUUUGCAUUCACUUUGAUUCGGAGUUCCGGAGUUUUAAAAAAAAUUACUCCGCAAAUGGAGUAAAUAAGGAGUUUAUUUUGGCAGGGUUACAAUUCUACUCACAGGAAGUAGUUACAAGUCUACUCACUCACAACUUUACUCAGCCUCAAUUCUAAUCAGGUUUAACUCUACUGUUAUAUCUUUACUCAGCUACAACUCAACUCACGUAUUUUAGCCUAUCGAUAAAAUAGCAAUUCUUUGUGAGUAGAGUUGUAGCUGAGUAAAAAUUUAACUGAGUAGAAUUGAGGCUGAGUAAAGUUGUAAAUGAGUAGACUUGUAGCUGAGUAAAAAACUGUGAGUAGAGUUGAGGCUGAGUAAAGUUGUGAGUAGAGCUGUAGUUACUUCCCUUGAGUAGAGAUGUUAUGAGUAGAAUUGUAACACUGUCAUUUCGGAGUGAUCUGCAUUUUAUUUAAAUCCGCAUUCACUCCGAUUUAGUUUUAAUAUUAAAAUAAAUUUCCUGUAGGAGUGAAUUUGACUCCAAAAGGAUUAAAUAAAUACAGUCAUGAGCUCCGAAUUCACUCCGGAUUUAAUGCGCAUUCACUUCGAAAAUAUUUUAGUAUGUAAAUAAAAAUAAUAUCUUGAGCAUUGAAAUUAAAUAUUUCUAAUAUCAUA